AUGGUCCGGUAUUCCCUUGUUCCCCGUAUUGGUUAUGUUCCUCAUUUCUCGUCUAGCAGAAACUAAUCGAGCUCCGUCUGAUCUCCCAGAAGCGGAAGCUGAAUCAGUUGCAGGCUAUAAUGUAGAAUAUGCGCGGGAUGCGAUCCAACAUAGUUCACUGUUGGCGGAAGCCAAUGUCCCGGGGUCCCGGGGACUCAUUCUGACUGAAACAAGGGGUGGGUCUUUACCAACUUCAAAAUCAAAGAUUGUUGGGAAGCAAUCAAACUACUGCGCGGGCUACCGCGCAACGGCUUUCGCGCGUCGCGCUCAUUCCGUUGCUUGGUUGGUCUACGAUCAGCUAGCGCGCCCUUUGUGUUGUAGUAGGGCCGUUGCUUGUUGGGGCAGGGCACUCUUCACUCUUCAUUCUUCAUUCGAAACUAAUGAAUGUCGGGUCGAGGGUUUCUGCCUUGUUAUCAAAAAGGGGAGUUGGGUAAAGCAAACUCCCUCCUUGGACGAGCACGGGGCUUAGUCAAGUAGAACCGGGUUGCGCUGCUUGAUGCUCCGAUCGAAAACAAAUCAGUGGGGCCAUGCCGGUACGACAGAAUAUGCGUUAGAAAGGUCAAUCCCUCCCCUACGACACCAAAAAAAACCGGGCCGAACUUCUAAGCCAAGCCCGCCCGCUUCCAUAGAACAAUAUCGUGGCAACGUAGACCUAAGUGGUCAUAUUGGAUCCUUGGGAACCAUCACAAGUACGGCCGGCCUAUAUUUGAACGAGAAUGCCGUGUCGUCCAGCGAAGCCUAGAAGAAGGUGACUCGGAGCCUAGAAGAAGGUGACUCGCGCAGACAGCUGACUCCUUUUCAAUAGAAAGGAAUAGCCAAACCAACCCAGCUGGCUGGUCAAUCUCAGAGAUCUUAUCGGCCGGCAAACCGGAGACGGACGACCACGGUCCCGACCUUACCAGCACCGGAGGUUUACUAAUCAAUGAACCCCCGAAACCUACUUUCUUUUCUGACAAAGUCAACCAAGCGAAGAAAAGCCUUACCCCUAUAUAAAAGAAAAGCGCGCGCCAGAACAAGGCGAGCCAAAGGCUCGCUUUCGCCCAAUUAUUAGUAAGGCGCGCGCCAGAACAAGCAAGGGAUGAGCCCAAUGGAGAGUAAGCUGAUUUACAAUCAGCCUGAUUUACAACCAGCCUGCGGUCGAGCUGAUCGUAGAGCACUCUCUCCCGGUGGUCGAGCUGAUCGUAGAGCACUCUCUCCCGGUGGUCGAGCUGAUCGUAGAGCACCGUUGCCUUGACUCUGUUAGGGGCGCAUCCGGCUUCUUGCUUGCUGGGCAUGCUGAAAAAUGGAUGCGCGCUAGCGCGCGCCCUGUAGUUUUCUUCGCUCCGGAGUUUGCUCUUGAGCGCACUCCGGCGAAGCGGAAGGGCGCGCUAGCGCACUCCGGCUUGAAAGCCUUCGUUUGCUCCGUUUGCUGGCUUAACAGCAGCGAGCUCCGCUUUCAGAAGCGAGCCAGAGUAGCGCGCUAGCCUAGCUAGCUAACGUUUUUCAGCUGGCUGUUAUGUUAGUUGUAGCGCGCUAGCGCGCCUUCCCUCCUUCUCUCACUUCGGAAAGAUUUAGCAGUAUUUUCUUAUGAUGACCUGGUCGAGAGAGUACGAUACAUCGGUGUAAAAGAUUGAGUGGGAUCUGUGAGGUUGGUUAUUGUAAGGCCUGGCCUGAAGUGCGCGGCUUACGAAAAGGUAAGCGGUUAGGUUGACUUUGCCCCCAUUU